GCGCAUUCUGCAGCAGCCCGGUGGCACGUCAUCUGCAUCGGCCCACCAGCCUCACCAAGACGGCCCCGAGCAGUCACAGGAUGCAUUCAGCCACGCUGCAUCUGCGCAGCCGAUCGCCAAGAAGCGCAUGAAACAUCGCUCCAGCAAAGACGACGUGCAAGCGAGCGUGAGCGCCGCCGACACCAAUGGGAAAGCCCUGCAGAAGGCAGAGCGCAAGGCUGCGCGUAAAGCAGCACGCAAAGCAGUGAAAAGGCGUGAAAAGGCAGAGCAUAAAGCCGCGGCGACCGCCGCGGCAGCGGUCGAGGGUACGACAUCCACCUAUCAGAUCCAGUCAUCCCGGAACGACAUUCAAGCUCAAACCGAAUCGAAUCUUGACUCCUCAGAGGCCUUGGCCUCCCUACUGUGGCUCGAUCGCGCGCUGCAGGAUUCGGAUCUGCAGCAACCCGAUCAUGGUCCCAGUAGAGUCCCUCCGCCGCCGCCUCCGGCGCCAACGACAGCAACAGACGCUGUCGACUCUUCAGAGGCGCCCGCAAGCUGCGCAGACGCACAGAGUGCAUCUGUUGGCCCCGAAGAGCUAAACACCACAGCCCCGUCGCAGGCACAGCUUGUCCAGAAUGGCCAGAAGCGUGAUCGGAACAAGCCGUCGGUGCAACAGAGCGCAGACCAGGGGAGCUGCAGCACGAGCAGCAAGGCCCGUGUGACGCCCAAAGGUAAAGAAAAGGGGAACAUUGACCCAACGCCGGUCUCUGCCAUUCGGCUCGGUGCCACUUCCAGCGCCAAACUCGUGGCGGCGAGAAAGGUGGCAUCAGAACUGCAGUAUCGCAAGUCCGCGGCGAAGGGAGAUGAAUCCGUCGCCACGUCGAACGGCCAGAGUGGUGGCGGUGGCGUCUCUGCGGCAGACCCCGAUGCAGCAGCACGGUCUGCUCGGCAGCAACACGUCGUCGAUAACGCAAGAGGCUUGACGCACGAAGAGAUGCUUGCAGACAAAAUGUACGCGGACAACGAGCUAUACUGGCUCGCUGACGCGUACGGCCUGCAGUGGAUCCGGGGCCGCUUCACGAAAAUCGAAUCGGACGCCAUCAUGGAGGCGAUCGAUAAGUGGCGCAAGGGCCGCGGGUUGUCGGAGCAGGAGCUGCUCGACCAGCUGUUCAAGGAGUCUGCGUCGGCCAAGCGCACCAGGAAGGACCUCGAGGACGACAUGUGGUCCAUCGCGACGCGCGCCGCGCCGGGCCGUGCGUCUGUCGCGGUCCGCCGGCACGUCCGCGAGAAGCUCCGCCCGGGUAUGGCGAAAGGGCCCUGGUCCGUUGAGGAGCAGAUUGCCCUCGCCAAAGCUGUGCAGGAGUUUGGAGUCGGCAAAUGGACGAAGGUGUCCGAGCGCAUUGGUAGGAGUAUGGUUGAUUGCAAGGCGCGCUGGCGCACGAACCCGAACAUGCCCAGCGACGCCGGUCCUUCCACUCAAGCCCGUGUAAGCGGCGAGACGAGCCAGACUGGCGAAGCUGCUGCUUCUGGCUCCAGCGCUGCCGGUACGCCCAGCAAGCCAAGGCGCAAAUGGGCAAACCCGCAGGAUGAUCUGCUGGCGCACGCUGUGGACGAGUGGUGCCAGGAGAACGAUGCCAACCCCGCGACUGAUCGAAUUGGCUGGAAGGUCAUCGCGACGCGCUUGCAAAAAGAGCUUGGGGAUGUCACUGGCCAUCAGUGCAUGAAGCGCUGGUGAGUUCAACUUCAAGGGCUGUCUGGUACUGCAAGCGCAGGACAGAGCAGUUGCGCUGACCGCAUGCUGGCCCUUCUUCCCUCUUUCUCUUCUUUCGUUCUUGCUGCUUGUCUACAGGCUCAUGACACACCCUUCCAACGGCGUGCAGUCGAGCACGCGCAGGUUUGGUUUGGACGAUGGGCUCCUCUUGCUACAGCGGUGAGUGGUGCUUGCAAGCAUCGGCGUCAGGCUUACGACUUUGUCGCAACUCAGUUGCACAUGU